AUGAAUGAGCUCGCGAAGGUUGCAGCAGACUCAGUCGGGGCCGCUCAGUGUGUUGACAUCAGAAAGUUCGCGGACGGGAUGUUCAACAAAGCCUUCCUGAUGCUUAUGGACGACGGCCAAGAGGUUGUUGCAAAGGUACCCAACCCGAACGCAGGCCGCGCACAUUACACCACGGCUAGUGAAGUCGCCACAAUGGACUUUGCUAGGAGAGUGCUUGAUACACCUGCGCCUCGUGUUUACGCAUGGAACUCGAACGCCCAAUCGCAUUCAGUUAGAGCUGAAUACAUCAUCAUGGAAAAAGCACAGGGUAUUCAAAAGCGGUGGCUGAGCAUUUCAUUCUCGCACUACGGCGGCUUGUACUACGCUAAAGAUAUGAAGUCAUCUCCGGUGAGCCAUUACGUCCAAGACGGCGUAGUCAUCAAAAAAUCAGAAUUCGCUCUAGGACCAGCUACCGGUAGGGACUGGCACGAUGCUGGCCGGGCAGACCUAGACAUCAGAAGAGGACCAUGGUCCUCGUUGAGUCAGUACUUGCGAUCAAUCGGUGAGAGGGAGACGAAAGCAACUCAGAUCUUGGAUCCGCCGAAACAGAUAGCUCUGUUCUGUGGCCUCAAACUUUAUCAGCCAGAUCGCAAAGAGAAGCUCACUGCGCUUGGCCAGUACCAAAAAAUUGUCGAUGCAAUUCUCCCUGGAAAUAAAACCAUUCGUGGUCCAUACCUUUGGCACGACGAUUUGCAUGAUGAUAACAUCUUCGUCGAUCCCAACAAUCCUGGAAAGAUUACAGCCAUCAUCGAUUGGCAGUCUUGCCACGUCUCGCCUCUAUUUAACCACAAUGCGGAUCCGGCGUUCCUCGACUGGGAUGGCCUCGAGCCAGAGAACCUCGAUUUGACUCCGAAGCCAGACCUUUCAAGACUUUCCUCUGAGGAGAAAUCUGCAGCCCUGCGUGAUUACGCCCAUGUAAAUGUUUUUAUCGCGUGGCGAAAACUCAUGCAAGCGAAGAAUCCAGACUUGUUUGAGGUAACAGAGUUCCAAAAGACGGCGUCAUACGGGCUACUGUUUCUAGCACACAGGAUGUUUGAGUACGGCGAGGCGCACUUUCAGUCUCUUUUAGUAGAUUUGAAGGAUACAUGGCCAACCCUGACAGCAAUCACAGGCCAGAGUGAAGGAAACUAUGGGCGAACUGUGGCGGAUAAGGGCUUCAUUGACCACGAGCGCUACGAUGCUUGUAAAGCGGCACUUGAGGAAAUGAAAGAACAACUGAUUGAGCAGUUGGCGGAGACCGAGGAGGAACGAGCGGAGUACGAACGCUAUUGGCCAUUCGACUAA